AAGAAGAAGAAGAAGAAGAAGAAGAAGAAGCAAGAUUCUGACUUCCGCGUGGCUGGGUCGUUGUGGUCGUGACGUGUAUAACCGAGGAUUUCCUCAAAUUUUAUAACCAGCUAGGUAGCUAAUAUGAAGUUAGCCCGUUUAGUCACCGAUGAUAUUAAGUGAUUUACAAAAGGCAAAUUAAAGCGCAAACUGUGGUCAGUGUUUUGGAAGCCAUAAUGCCUCUCAUGGUCGGCGGAGGAGACCGACGGGCUGAUAGAAAUGGAAUGUCCUUCUUCUUUCUGCUCUCCGCCGUGUUGUUGCUGUCGGUCGGAGUUGCUGCUGUUCCAGAGGAGAACCCGCCUGUCCAAGAGCAACCCCCACAAGAGAAAGCCGCAAGUCCCCAUCCACUAGGCCCAGCAGUUUCUGAAGAUGUGCCCAAAGAAGGAAACACGGGUUUCAUCCAUGCCUUUGUGGCCUCUUUCUCUGUCAUCAUCGUCUCUGAGUUGGGAGACAAGACAUUUUUCAUUGCAGCCAUCAUGGCCAUGCGUUACAACCGCCUCACUGUGCUGACAGGUGCCAUGCUGGCCUUGGGAGUGAUGACUUGUCUUUCUGUGCUGUUUGGCUAUGCCACCACCGUCAUCCCUAGAAUCUACACUUACUAUGUGUCCACCGCUCUGUUUGCCAUCUUUGGUAUACGCAUGCUGCGAGAGGGGCUGAGAAUGAGUGCCGAUGAAGGCCAGGAGGAGCUGGAGGAGGUGCAGGCAGAGAUCAAGAAGAAGGAUGAAGAGCUCCAGCGGUCCAAGCUGGUUAAUGGGGCUCCAGAUGUGGAGGCUGGCUCAGGGGCCGCCAUGCCUCAGGGAAAGUGGCACAGCUUCAUCUCCCCCAUUUUCCUGCAGGCCCUCACCCUCACCUUCCUGGCAGAGUGGGGGGACCGCUCGCAGCUGACCACCAUUAUUCUAGCUGCGCGGGAGAAUCCAUUUGGAGUUGCAGUGGGUGGUACAAUUGGACACUGUUUGUGUACAGGACUGGCUGUGAUAGGAGGGAGAAUGAUCGCCCAGAAAAUAUCUGUCAGGACAGUUACAAUCAUCGGAGGGAUUGUUUUUCUGGCGUUCGCCCUGUCGGCCCUGUUCAUCAAGCCAGACGCUGGAUUGUAAUUGGACAAGACUUUCAGGUUUUCUCUGUACAUACAUGUAAAAUGUGGAGUUGCUGUAGACAGACUGUAGUUUUGACUCUGUGUGUGUCCCGACAGACGAUGUGACGGGCUUAACAGAAAGCCAAAGUCCCGCCCUCUUCUCCUAGCGAGCCUCUGUUCCCUUGCAGUCCGUAACUCAACAGGUUUUCUCUUAAAGCCUCCGAACAGCCACACAGGUCUUUUUCAGUUCUUCUGGCUUGAUUAGACUCCGGAGCUUUGAUGGGAGCUUGUUAGGUCACAAAUUCUUUCAGCCAACAAGGAUGAUAAAGGUGUAAUUUGUUCCGCCCUAACAGGUGCAACAACACUAAGGCUACGUUCAGACUGCAGGCCGUAAUGCUCAAUUCCGAUUUAUUGCCAGAUACGAUUUUUUUGUUUUGUUUUGACUGAUAUUAUCUAUUUAUUUUUUAAACGUGGCCUGCAUCAGACUCAACUGGGCAUGAUCUGACUGUCUAGACUGAGCUCGCGUUUAAAAAAAGAAUCCGACCUGUAACGGAUUUGGACCACAUAUGAAAGUGGCCCAAAUCAGAACUAGAAAAGAUCGGGUGACUUGGGCUGUUCACACUAAUGGAAAAAAAAAUCAGAUAUGAGCAAAAAAAUCGGAUUUGGGUCACUUGCCGUGGCCUGCGGUCUGAACGCAGCCUAAAAGUGGACUCGGGAAGAUGUCAAUCACUCAGUCUAACCCCGCCCACGCAGUCCUGGAAAAGGUCCAAUCAGCCACAUUGACUAUAAACACCUGCGUGGGGGUGUCCAGGGCUUUUUAAGAGUAGUGCACAUCAAAGCCUCAGGGAGGUGCAGUUGUUGAAUGGUAACUAGUCAAUGUUUUCUCUCAAGUACAGAAGUUGGAUUCGCAUUGAACUCAAAGCCCUGGGAACUUCUCAUGAAGUCUCGAUGACGUAAAAACCUCAAUGAGAAAACACCGUUGAGUCAGAGAGGCCGGCUAGGAGAGAGGGGCAGGACUGUAGCUCUCUAUCAGGGCUGCGUACUCCUCACAAGGUGUGUGAGAGAACGAAGACGGGAUCGUUACUGACCGCGGCCCUCCGGGCCAUCUGUCAAAGGUUCUGUGGCUCGUAAACAGACCCUGACAUGCAGUACUUCCCUCACACUCAGCUGUCACUUAGACACUGAGUCCAUUUAAAAAAAAA